UGCUGUGUCUUUGUUCUCUGUACGAUCAUUGGAGCAGGGCGUUAUUUGUAGCGGCUCUUCUCUUUCACAGCAGCCGGCGGGAGGUUCGCUGGGCUAAUCUUUAUCUUCGCUUUGCUCUUCUGAGCGAAUGCUUCUGGUGUGAGGCUGCUUUGCAGGAAAUGUGACCUCACUGGGGUGGGUGCCGCUGAUUGCACGGGCUGUUUUCAAAAGGAAACACGGACUUGCCGGAGCUGCCUGUCCCGGGGGCCGGGGCUGAGCGCUCCCGGGAAGCUGCUCAGGAACAGCUCCAGCAGCCGUCCCACGGGCACUCGGGCCGGAGAGAACACUUUGGCACGCAUUGUGUUAAUUGUGAAAUGGAUUUUCCAGGUUCAACACCAUUUAAUGAAGAGCACAGACACAGCCCCUCAAGACAUAUUUUUCCAAGUUGUGCUUGUGACUUUUUGGAUGACGAUCCUGCCUAUGAGUGCUCCACAAAUCCUCUGACAGGCUCCCUUCCUACAUGCCGCCGCAGCCCUCGACUGCUUUCUAAUGGUUAUUAUGUUUUGAGAGAAGACAGUUUUCUGUCUGAUGAAGAGGGCAACGUAACACUGACACCAUCCCACACAAAUGUUACAUAUAAAGAGAAUUUAUUUCGUGUGUUCAGGCGAAGGAAGAAAAUCCGUCGCUCUCUUGACAGCUUGUUUAAUCUCAGUGCCUCCAGCUCAUGGCUCAGCUCCACCAUCCCCAGCAGGAUGGAUUUCUCCCAUGUAGAGGAGCCUUGGCCUGAUGGAUGCAGUAAACUAGAAGCCAGUCACAGUGAUAUUGGUGAUUCAGACUUUUCUUCAGAAUAUAAUAACCAUGUGUCACAAAGGCAGAUUCCAGCAUCUAGUGGAGCAUUUCUCACCAAAGAUGGUGAGUUUCUUCAUUUUGAGGAACCACUCUGUGCUUCAAAAUCCUUCUCUUCAUUUAUGAGAAAUGCAAAUGAAGAAAAUUGGAGCAAUGCAGAAUCCAGGACAGUGAAAAAUGUCAUUUCUCAGAUGGUUGCACUGAUCAUGUGUUUAAUCAUUUCAGUAUGUACAAGGUAUUUUCUGGGAGGACUGUCUGCCACUUUGUUGCUGAUGAUUUUAGUUUUUAUUUUGUCCCAGGAUGCUGCUGUGCCAUCUUUCUUCACUCUCGAUACGUUUUUCAAAACAACUAAGUUUUGAAUAUAAUGAAAAAUAAAGAAAAAUUGCUCUUCAGCAUCGAACUCCUGGAUACCUCCUUAUGGCCAUGGUUACAUGUUCCUGUGGGGAAAAAAAAAAAAAACAGGUUUGACAGCAUUCUUCCUCCAAAACACAAUGAAUUUUAGCUUUGUUUUUCUUCUGGUCAAAUAGGACUUUGUUCUUGGUGACUACCUGAAAGAAAUAACACCAAGGAGUGCUAUAUCUGUAGUAUCUUAUCUUGAUAAUGAAAAGUGUUUUGUAAUUCCUGUGAAUUUUUUUUAAAAUAAAAAUUAUGUAAUCCCAUGUUUUAUAUAUAAAUUUCUUGUUACAACAUACUAUCAAAGAUAAUGGAUUUGGAUUAUGGAUGAGUACAUAUGAUAACUGAUAUAUUGUUCAACUAAAACAGUCCUUAUAAUAUUCAUCCUCAUAUUUACUUAUAGUUAAUGCACUUGAAUAAUAUUGUAAGUGUUAAAUAAUUCAUCUUUAUUUAAAGUACAGAAAAAACUGAGAGUAAAUAUCACUAUGUAAAACAUCUAAAUAUUUUGUUAUCUAUUUUAUGCCUAUCAUAAAAGGUCCAUUACUAAAAUAACUUUUAAAACUAAAGGAUUAUAAAGAUUUUUAGUGUUUAAAUAAUCUCUUGAAAUAAUAAUCUGGAAAUUUAAAUCCCAUUCUGAGAGAAAAGCCUAAAACUGUAAUUACUCUGCAGUCAUCAAAGUAAACUAGAAACUAGAAGAGUUCACCGUAAACUCAUUAGUUCACUGUAAGCUAUCAAAAAAAAUCUGAUUGAGAUAGAAAAAAAAAGGUCUACAGUAAAUUGCUCUAAUCUAUCUAUUCAUAAAUAUGAACUGUAAAUUAGAAUUGUUCUGAUCUGGAGUGAGGGAACUCCUGGGACAUUUUCUCAAUUGGAGUUCAGGAACUAAAAAUAAAGUGCUCAGCAUCUAUUAAGAUCUGCCUUCCUUGAUUUUCAUGAAUGUUGAAUUAACAAAGUUCUAGUCAGUUAUCAGACUGGUUGGCUUUGGCAGUUCCCUUCUGUAUAUUCCUAUUGACAUAAAGACAUGCCUAAUCUUUUUUCUCUCAAAAGAGGCAUGAUCAUAUGUUUCUUCUUGUUGAAUAAAAAAUUGAAGCCAGGAUUUUUCUGAUAAAAACUGAAGACAACAUUUCCAAUCUAAAUGUGUAAAUCCAGACUUUCAGAGGUAAUGAGUAUUUGCAGCUUCUGGUAACUACAGUAUCAAGCCUAGGAUAACUGUGUAAUGUAAUUCUCUCACCAUAAAACCACUUAUUGAUUAGUGAUUAACUGACGCAUAUACUAACAGAGAAAACAACUAGAAUUUUAUGGGUUUUUGUCCCCAGUGAUUAAACAUUUACUCCCCUUUAAUAUAGCAACUUAUAUAGAGAAAAAGAAUCAAAUAGAAGUGCUGAACUGUAGAUUUCUACCCCCCUAUGUAUUUUUUCAGACAAUGUAUUGAUUUUUUUAUAUAUAUGAUCUUUACACCUUGUCUUAUACUCUCUUACUUCAGCUGUGUUCAGCUGAAUUUCAGGGUCAUUCCUGAGUAUAUAUCUUAUAGUGCUUUAUAGGGGAAUGUUCAUGUAGAAGAUGAUAAUAUUGAUGCCAUUCCUUAAUUUUUAAUGUUCCUGGUCUGUGAGCAAGUCUGGUUUGUAGUUAUCCUGAAAGGAUUACUCGCAGAAGCCAAACCAUACAAAGAUUACCAUCUUUUAUUUAAGUCAUAUGGGAUAAACUACACGGUACAGAAUACAAGUUGUGACCACUAAGUUUGCAGAACUUAGUCCAGUUCUGCAAAAUCUGAUUUUUUAUGUACAUUUUUAGGAAUUGGCUGCACUAUUUUGUAAACCUCUUUGCACAUUUCUAUAUACACUGAGCAAAACUGUUACUUCAUUUAUAUUGUUUCUUGUUUUGUGGUUUCUCAUGCUGGCUUUUUUCCCUCCAUCUCUGGCAUAUCUAUAUCAGUAAAGUUGUUCCUGUUCUUAUUUCUUGCAUUUGAGAGUAUUUUUCAGUAAUGGAGAUUGGUAUUAUUAGAAAUUGCAUAUAUUUCAGUGAAUUUCUUAUUUGUGAGUUCAUGUCCUGCCCUAUAGAUUAUGUGCUCUUUGGGGGAGGGUUUUUUGGUACUUUAGUGCAAACAUAAAGUCUUGUUUUGUACUGGUGACUACAUUACCUAGCACCAUAGCAAAAUAAAAUAAAAUAAAAAAUAAUAUUUGAAAAAAAACAGUAAUUCAAUAGGAAAUAAAUAAAAAUACAUAGGUUUAAAUUCUGAGCGGGUAUCAAUCAGCUGAUUUACAGCAGCCAAGAUUCUAAGCUGCAAUAUUUCAACAGCUUUGUCCGUGAAGAUCAAUUUUCUGGGUUUGGAGCACCUUACAUGAUUGUAUAUAUGGACAAAGUCAAGACAUGUUCAAAAUACUUCUGUAUUAAUAAUGCUAUAAAUGCUAACACUGUAAUAAUAAUGCUAUAAAAUUUAUUUUUGUCAUUACAUAGAAAUACAUAUUGUGUUGUUUUACACAUGUAACAAAUAAAGUUAUAAUGUAUUAAA